CACGUCUGGUAAAUGUCUUGGCCAAGCUGUACGGCCCUAUCAUGAAUCACGAGAUCAACCCAAUGACCGACAUCACUGUGUGUGUGGGGGCUUAUGGUGUGCUCUUCUGUGCUGUCCAGGGAUUGGUGAACCCUGGGGAUGAGGUUAUCAUCGUUGAGCCAUAUUUUGACUGUUAUGAACCCAUGGCCAUGGUAGCUGGAGCGACGCCAGUGUUCGUACCUAUUAGACCAACAAAGAGUGGUGUUAUGUCCAGUGCAGACUGGAAGCUUGAUCCUGAAGAGUUGGCCAGCAAAUUCAACAGUAAAACAAAGGCCAUCAUCAUCAACAAUCCAAACAACCCCAUUGGCAAAGUUUUCCAGAAGGAUGAACUCCAGGUGAUAGCUGACCUUUGUAUAAAGCAUGAUGCUAUAUGUAUAGCUGAUGAGGUAUAUGAAUGGCUGACCUACGACAACUGUAAACAUGUUAAGAUUGCGUCACUCCCGGGGAUGUGGGACAGGACAGUCACUAUUGGCAGUGGAGGUAAGACAUUCAGUGCUACUGGCUGGAAACUUGGCUGGGCCAUAGGACCCCAAUCACUCAUUCAACCAAUGCAGAUCCUUCAUCAGAACUGUAUCUACACCAGUCCCACACCCAUUCAGGAGGCUGUGGCAGCAGGUCUGGAGUAUGAAUUGGAUCUGAAAAAUAGCAACAAGCUGGAAGAUUGUUAUCUUUACUCUCUGGCAAAGGAAACUCAACCCAAGCGUGACAAACUGGCAGCCAUGUUACAGGAAAUUGGUAUGGAUGUAACAAUGCCAGAAGGGGGAUACUUUCUCAUGGCUGACAUCUCCAAACUUAAAGACAAAAUUCAGGUACCUGAUGAUGGCAGUGAUGACCCAUAUGAUUACAAGUUUGUUCGAUGGAUGACAGGAACAAAGAAAUUAGCAGCCAUUCCGCCGUCAGCGUUCUACUCCAAGGGACACAAGAAUCUCGGAGAAAACUUCCUUAGGUUCUGUUUCAUUAAGGACAAUGAGACUCUGAGGAAGGCCAGUGUGGUAUUCAAGGAAUGGAAGGAGUCACUAUAAGGAACUGCUCAUACCAACGUCCAUCUGUGUAUCACACAUUAAUGGAAAAUAAUAUACAGACUUAUAUAAUAUUGUAUGGGGAGAGGGGGAUAUAACGAGGUCUGAAUACAUCCCAGGGGUACAAAGCAGUGUGUGGAAUGAUCCUGUGUAUAGAGACUAUCUUAAAGUGGUGGAAUCAUUGCAAAACAAUUAUGGAUAUCAGAAUAUGCAGGGUGGAUUCUUCAUGUCAUAAGCCUUGUUACUUUGGUUGUUUUUGUUGAAAUGGUGUUUACAAGUGUGUGAAAUAUUUAGGUCACCUGAGACGAAGCCUGAAACAGUUUGCAUUUUUGACUUCUUCUCAGAACCCCCUAAACCAAUAUCAAUUAAAUUUUGCAGAGACCUUUCAUGGUCAAAGGUCAACCCCAAAAUUGUUAAUUAUAUGGUCCCCACUAGGGGAUUGAGGGGCAGGAUAAAAAUGUGUCAAAUUGCCAGAAAUUUGAAAAAUAAAGUAGUUUUUGCUUUCAUACACAGAAUGUUGAAGUAUUCAGAAAUUGAGUAUUGGUAUAUUAAAAGUGAUAUUAAAGUUAUUGAAUAAGGUCGCUUAUUAAAGGGAGUAUAUAGUUAUCAUUUUGUCUGUGUGACUGUGGGGGGAAUCUGUUUCUACACCUAAUUAGAUUUUGGUGGUCAUUUGUCAAGAUUGAAGUUCAAAGGUCACAUCCACUUGACCACAUUUGAAAUAAAAAAUGCUGUGUACAAGAUAUGUAGUUUACACCAUAACAUCACACCAUCAAGGUCUACACCUGAUUAGAGAUUUGGUGAUCAUAGAUAAAGGUCAAAGGUCACACUUGACUUUUAUUUUAAAAUUAAAGACAGAGUUAGUUCAUAAUCACACCAUGACAUCACAGCAUGGAUUUCUACACCUGGCUAGAUUUGGGUGGUCAUUUGUCAAUGUUAAAGGAUAAAGGUCACAGUCAACCACUUUCGAAAUCUAGAAGCUUGUUUAUGCGAUAUCUCUUAACCCCUGGACAGAUUUAUUUUAUUGAUAAACGCGACGGGGGUGUAUCUUUUUCGAGCCCUUUAUUUUUAUUUAAACUUCAGUGUGAUUAUUGGGUGCUUGUUUUACUCAGAACUUAUAUAUUAACAAUGUUAUUAUUAUCAGUUGUUUACAUUUGAGUUUUUAUGAAUUCAUACACUGAAGAUUGUGGAGUAUACAUUUAGAGGUUUCACAUGUGAGAUUAAAGUAAAUCUUUAUCAUGGAAUAAAAUAUAUUUUAAGCUGCCAUGUUUGUGAUCUCUGUCCUGUGUUGCCAUAUAUAUUUACUCAUCAGAGAAACCUUAUCAGCUCGAAUGACACUAAGUGCCAAUGAACAUAUGGUAUGGUGCAGGGGUGGGUGUCUGUCGUCUGUCAACUUUUAACUUCUUCUAGAAAACUAUAAGCAAUUAAUGACUGAAAGAUAAAUGGGGAAGAGUACAUUAAAGUUUCAUUUGAUAAGGUCACAAAAAGUUUAAAAAAUCAUUGGCAAAUAAUAUUCUUCUCAAGCUCUCUAGUACAGGCUCGAUCAGCCACUGGUGACAGUACAGUGUUGUAACAGUACAGGCUUGAUCAGCCACUGGUGACAGUACAGUGUUGUAACAGUACAGACUUGAUCAGUCAGCAGUGACAGUACAGUGUUGUAACAGUGUUGUAACAGUACAGACUUGAUCAGCCACUGGUGACAGUACAGUGUUGUUACAGUACAGACUCAAUCAGCCACUGGUGACAGUACCGUGUUGUAACAGUGUUGUAGCAGUACAGACUUGAUCAGCCACUGGUGACAGUACAGUGUUGUUACAGUACAGACUCAAUCAGCCACUGGUGACAGUAUAGUGUUGUAACAGUACAGACUUGAUCAGCCACCGGUGACAGUAUAGUGUUGUAACAGUACAGACUUGAUCAUCCACUGGUGACAGUAGUGUUGUAACAGUGUUGUAGCAGUACAGACUUGAUUAGCCACCGGUGACAGUACAGUGUUGUUACAGUACAGACUCAAUCAGCCACUGGUGACAGUAGUGUUGUAACAGUGUUGUAGCAGUACAGACUUGAUCAGCCACUGGUGACAGUACAGUGUUGUAACAGUACAGACUUGAUCUGUCAUCGGUGACAGUACAGUGUUGUAACAGUGUUGUAACAGUACAGACUUGAUCAGCCACCGGUGACAGUACAGUGUUGUAACAGUACAGACUUGAUCAGCCACUGGUGACAGUACAGUGUUGUAACAGUACAGACUUGAUCAGCCACUGGUGACAGUACAGUGUUGUAACAGUACAGACUUGAUCAGCCACUGGUGACAGUACCGUGUUGUAACAGUGUUGUAGCAGUACAGACUUGAUCUGUCAACAGUGACAGUACAGUGUUGUAACAGUACAGGCUCGAUCAGCCACUGGUGACAGUACAGUGUUGUAACAGUACAGACUUGAUCAGCCACCGGUGACAGUACCGUGUUGUAACAGUGUUGUAGCAGUACAGACUUGAUCAGCCACCGGUGACAGUACAGUGUUGUAACAGUACAGACUUGAUCAGCCACCAGUGGGUCACAAUAUGGCAAUAAGUGCUGGUCAGGAAGGGUUGUCUCCCUUUUGUUUUCCUGAUGAUAUUAUGUAAUAUUGCCAUGUACAACUUAAGAAAUUGUGUUUAACCUUUAAUUACCAACCAUGUUGUACUAACUGUUGAAUCAUAAACUUAGUGCUUGUUACCACUGUUUAGUUGUCUUGUACAAUGUACAGGAAAUCUAUUGUUUGCACAAGUUUUUAUCAAUUCGUAUACUGAAGGUUGUGGCAGUAUACAAAUUAAACCUUUAUUAUGGAAUAAAAUAUAUUUCAAGCUGCAA